UACUUCUCUCAUUCUGUCCUCUCACACAACAGAGGCAACAUGAGGCUGUGGGCCGUCCUGCUGCUGGCUCUGCUCGCUCAGACUUUUGCUGCAGACGAGUCUUGUAUGGGUCACUGUGAGAAUGGCUUUGACGCCCAGAGGAAGUGCCAGUGUGACUCCAUGUGCAAGUAUUACAAGAGCUGCUGCUCUGACUUUGAGGCCACCUGCGGGAUGAUGACUCGGGGAGACACAUUUGUGCUUGCAGAGGAUGAUGAUGAGCAGUUUGAAGGUACCACUCCAUCCCCUAGACGCUCUUUUACCCCCAUCAGUCAUCGUCUGCAGCCCUCGCAGCGGCCCAUCUCAGACUUCGGCCGUAGAUCACAUCCGGAAACCACACUGGAAAUGACCAAACCAACUCAACUGAAAACCCCCUUUAUGCAGAUGACACCCAUUUCUCAGACAGUCCCACCUACGCAGGACAUCCCCAGCACGACUGAAUUCCCUCCGACUGAGGCAGCCACUGAGGCAGCCACUGAUGUGACCACUGUUCCCACCACUGUUCCCAUCACAACAGCCACCACUGAAGCCCCUGACCCAGACGCUGUGGUCUGCAGUGGGAGAUCUUUUGACUCCUUCAUGCAACUAAAAAAUGGCUCCAUAUAUGCCUUCAGAGGGGAUUACUUUUUUGAACUGGACCAAAAGUCAGUGCUUCCUGGUUAUCCAAAGCUCAUAAAGGACGUGUGGGGCAUCAGCGGGCCCAUUGAUGCUGCCUUCACCCGUGUCAACUGUCAAGGGAAGAGUUAUAUGUUCAAGGGAAACAAGUACUGGAGGUUUGAUAAUGGUGUGCUGGAUGAUGACUACCCUCGAGAUAUCAGCGUGGGCUUUGACAAGAUCCCUGAUCACGUGGAUGCAGCGUUUGCUCUGCCUGCCCCCGGUCACAACGGAAAAGAAAAGGUCUAUUUUUUCAAAGGCGAUCAGUACUACACCUACGAGUUUCUGCACCAGCCGUCUCACGAGGAGUGUAUCACCAUGUCUGAGAGGUCUCCGUCCACACUGUUCAGACGGUACACUGACGUAUACUACAACAACUACGAGCAUUUCUUCAGCGAGCUCUUCUCUGAAUUGCCUCAGCAUCAUGACAAACACCACUUCAUUGAGAAGGACUGGAAGGGCCUCAAGUCUCCAGUGGAUGCUGUCUUGACAGGCAGAAUGUACGUCCCUCCGUUGAGGUCCACGAGGCGCCGCAACGACUACCAGCCUUACCAGCAGUGGGGUCAACAACAAGGCCAGCAGUGGAACCAGCAGUACGGACAGCAGUGGGGCCGUCGGAGGCAAAGCCGUUCACCCUUCUGGGGGUCCAUAGCUGAGAGGGGGAUGAACAUGGGCCAGGACUUUGCAGAAAGGGGGAUGGAAAUGGGUCUGAGGUUGGCAGAGAGGAGGAUGGAACUGGAGGAGAGGCUCGGACGAGACUGGGACAGACGCUGGGAUCAGGACUGGGACCAGGAUAGGCGGAGAGAUGGUUACCGCCAGAACAACAGAGGCAACUACGACUCCAGAGGUGACAGGUCGUACUUGGAGCCCACCCAGAGGAAUAUGCCAAUACAAACCGUCUACUUCUUUAAAGGAGAUAAAUACUACAGAGUGGACCUCAGGAGCAAGAGAGUCGACCCCGCCGUGCCUCCAUAUCCCAGAUCCAUCGCCAAGUACUGGCUCGGCUGUUCAGACACCAACGGGGCAGAGAAGUAGUUUCACAUGUUUUUAGUUAUCUUAAUAUGGUCAUUUUGAUUAGAUUUGUGUAUAACCAAUCAUUAAUUUGACCUGAAGUAGUGUUUUUUGUAAGAAAGUGUGUCAAACCUGUCCAGUGUAAACUAACUGUUCUUCAGCAAAUAUUGGAGAUCAGUAGUCCACACACCGCUCAUAAAGGCUAAAGUUCAGCUGGUAGAUUGUAAGAUUCUCAUCUCUUGUCAACAACAGCCAACCUACUUUAUUAAACUGACUGUAGUGAAAAUGGCCUCAAGUUAUUUAACCAGAAGAGAUUCCAGACUCACAGCUUCUCGUUUAGUUUUUUGUAUCAUAAUAAUGAGGAGUUUGUUACAUCAGUGGUGGAAGGUAAUGAAGUACUUUUACUCAACUACUGUACUUUAUUGCAGUUUUGAGGUACUUUUACUUGAGUAUUUAAAUAUAAUGCUACUUCAUACUUCUACUAGAGGGAAAUAUUGUACUUUCAACAUUUAUCUGAAACCUAUAGUUACUUUGAGAUUUUAAAUACAACACUUAUAAUCAACUUAUAAAAUAUGAUGAUCAUUAGAGGUCAAACUAACCAAAGUCAUAGAAAUGAGCUCCACCCUAAUGUGUGAAUUCAUCAGUAAUAAUAUAUUCCGUUAAUAUGAUACAUAUGUCACUUUCAGAGGCCUCUCUUGUGUGUGUACUUUUACUUUACUGUUAAUACUUUUAUAGCUUUACCUAAGUGUCAUUUUUAACGCAGGACUUUUACUUGUUUACAGACUAUUUUUGCAGAGUGGUAUUUGCUACUUUUACUAAAAUCUUUCAUUUUGUGUUGAUUCUGGCGCCCCCCCCGUGGACAAAAGUAGUAGUGUUUCUACUGCCUUGUUUCAUUGAUUUUAAGAGGAAUCCGAUUGAAUUCCACCCGGUGGCAGUAAUUAAGAAUAACUAUAUAGAAAGAGCAAAUCUUAUUGCUGAUGGUCUUGUUUGCUUAUGUAGGUCAU